AUGGGAAGUAAAUUAUCCCCCCUACUGGCUGAACUCUUCAUGAGUGACUUCGAAACAGAUCUCGAAAAACGGGAGAAACUUUUCCCUCGUGUUUGGUGGCGUUAUGUUGAUGAUAUCUUCGCCACCGUAAAGGAACGGUAUCUCCCGCAAACGCUUGAGGUUUUGAACAACCAGCAUAGUACGAUUAAAUUUACCGUCGAAAAAGAAGUUGAUGGGAAACUUCCAUUCCUCGACCUGUUAAUUUCCAGAAAAGAAGAUAACACGGUGAAAUUCGGAAUUUAUCGUAAACCCACGUCAACAGAUCGCUAUAUUACGGUUGAUUCAAACCAUUUUGGAGCGCAAAAGCAAGCUGCCUUUCAUUCGAUGGCUCACCGUCUGUACAACAUACCGAUGGAGAGCCAAGAAUUCGAACUAGAAAAGCAAAAAAUCUUGCAGGGUGGUGAAUUAAACGGAUACGAUCAGGAAUUCGUCAGCAAAAUCCUCCGAAAACACAAAAGAAAAAAGCUCCGUAGCAACGCAACCACAUUCAAACCAGAAAGAGAUGAAUCCCAAAGAGUCAGCCUGCCGUACCACCCACCACUGACAAAUAGUAUCUGUAAGAUUCUCUCUAAACAUGGUCUGAAAGUGGCUUACAAAAGUUCAAACACUUUGAAAGAUCGACUGGUUUCUCUAAAAGACAAAGUGCCACCGGAAGAGAGAUCUGGAAUUUAUGAGAUUCCAUGUCAAAACUGCCCGGCCGUCUAUAUUGGGCAAACCAGACGGAAGUUCAGAACCAGAAUCAAGGAGCACAAAAACGCAGUAGAUAACAGCAGGAGCAACGAAUCAAGUGUAGCUGCCCACGCGUCAGAACUUAAUCAUCACAUAGAUUGGGGAAAGGUUAAGUUCAAAAAAUGUGUACGCAAAGCGUCACAUUUAAACGCAUGGGAAUCCAUGUAUAUCACUACAUCGGAAAGGCCACUUAUGAACGAGGAUGACGCUCCAAUCAUAUCACCGCUUUUCAACCUGCUCAAACCAAGUUUUCAACAACCCGACCACCCUUCGACGAAUACUAUUGGAUAG